AUGCUGUGCCACGUCGCACUACCGGCGGCCGCCCGCCGGUCCCAUGUCGGCCCCAAACCCCGUCGUCGCCGCCGCACCCUCGUGGCUCGCCUUUGCGGCUGCCGCUGUGGCCGCCGCCACCUCCUCGGUGCAUCCUCUGCCGCCGGCCUCCUACAUAUCGUCAACCCUACUCCCCUCGCCGUCGCCGCCCCACCCAUCGACCCCGAGGUGAUGCUUGAGCGCGUGCACCCAACGAGGCCCGGCUGGUACGAGAAGCUUUACGCCACGGCCAUGGACAAGGGCAUGAUGGCUUAUGAAGCCGAGAUUGCGAAGUAUAAAUCAAAUCUCUUUUCCCAAUUAUCGGUUGCGGGGAAGAACUUUCUAGAGCUUGGUGUUGGAACGGGCCCGAACUUAAAGUACUAUGCAAGUGCUGAUGGAGUAAACGUAGUUGGGGUGGAUCCUAAUAUGUACAUGGAGGAGUAUUCCAGGGCAGCGGCAACUUCCGCUGGGCUUCCGUUAUCAAACUUCACUUUCAGAAGAGGGGUCGGCGAAGCAUUGCCAGCAGAGGACAGUUCAAUGGAUGCAGUUAUUGGCACACUGGUGUUGUGUUCUGUAAAGGAUACAACUAUGGCAUUAAGAGAAGUAAUGAGAGUUCUGAAGCCUGGGGGUCUCUACCUAUUCAUCGAGCAUGUUGCUGCACCAGAUGGUUCCUUGCUCCAGUUCGUGCAAAGUGCUCUUGACCCUCUGCAGCAGUUCGUCUCUGAUGGGUGCCACCUCACCCGGAAAACAGCCGAAAACAUCGAGCAAGCCGGGUUCUCAAGCUUGAGCAUGAACACGGCGCGCCUAUCGUCCGCGUACAUAAUCAGCCCCCAUGUCUACGGAGUAGCCUCUAAAUGACGUGUCCAGGUGUCCUGAACUCUUGAAGACAACUUUGGCUAUACAUUUUUUUUAGGGGAGCCUUUUGCUAUACAUGAAGUGGCCUUGCUGCCGUCAGGCUUUCGAGCCUGGCACACCUGGGCCUUGGUACGAUGAACUGGGCUGGGCCUCAUGAAUGGCUUAGAAGACUAGUGCGGUGA